AUGUCAACCAGAGUCUUCUCAGCAGACGAAGCCUUCAAUGCUUUUGCCCACUGGCUAAUUUCACACGGCGGUUUCAUUCACGAGUCUUUAACCUUCACUCCUACAGGUCAGAACCUCCUGAUCCUAGAACGGAAAGUGGAGCUAAUUACUCAAAUUUCCAGUGCCAGACUCCCGAUAUGGUUCACGCGUAACAACGUGCUCCGACAUACCACCGCAUUCCCAAUUGAUCAGCUGCCCUCACACCCUAGCCAUAAAUUAUGCGAAAGCUCGCUCCACGUUUUCUGCUGACUUCAUCUCCAACACCACUCGGCAUGCAGCCCUUUGUAUGUUUCUCUGCAUGGAACGGUUGAAGGACAAGGAAUCCUUCUGGUGGCCGUAUCUCCGUAUCCUGCCGAGGGAAUUCGAUACUCCACUAUAUUUCUCUGACGAAGAUUUUAAGUACUUACAGGGUUGUAACCUCGAGGUUAAUGGGGUGGAAGCGAGAAGAUUGGUAUGGAGGGAAGAAUUUGGGGCCGCAGUAGCCACUCUUCGGGGGGAAGGAUACGAGACAGAACACUGCACAUGGUGAGGCCUUCCUAUUACCCAUUAGACUUCCGCCGGGCUGAAAUGUGGUUGAGAGCGUUGAGGGAAUUAUACUUGUGGGCUUCUACCAUUUUCACGUCUAGGAGUUUCUCUGGGAAAUUGAUGAACUGGGACCAAGAAACUAUUCACGAGGACGAUACCAUGCCGGUUUUGUUCCCACUGAUAGACAGUUUGAAUCACUACCCGAUUACAAAAGUUACCUGGCAACCUAGUGAUACCUUCCUGAGAAUCAUAUCUGGGGCAGGGGUUUCUGCGGGAGCAGAAGUGUACAAUAAUUACGGUCCCAAAACAAACGAAGAGUGUACUCAUCCUACCCCACUCUCCCCAAUAUAUCUCUGCAGUGCUAACCAUCGCCAGUACUAAUGGGUUAUGGAUUCACCCUCCUCCAAAACCCCUUUGAUACUGUCCUCCUCAAAUUCUCCCCGCCCCUCACCCCAUCCCAACACUCCCUCUUUGGCAUGUCACCCACAGGCCUCUACCACCUGACCCCUCGCAACCGCGCCCCGGAGAAUCCAUCCAUCUACCCACCCUCGCUGCUAACCCUCAUAUACAUUCUAACGAGCACCCCAACUGAAACCUCCCACAUUCCCACCGCCCGGCCAACCAAACCCGCGACCAAGCGAAACGAGAUAUCGACACACAUAACCCUCCUCCAAGCCCUCCUCCGAAAGCACCAAAACUUCCCCCCGACGCUCCCGGAACCACGGAACUCAAAGCAAGCCUCGGCAAAGAUAUACGCCGACAGUCAACGCUCCCUAAUCCUCUCCGCGAUCGCAGAAUCAAAGGACAUCAUAAAUUCCCACACCGCCACCAGUAUAAUACGCCUGCAAUCCGCCCUGGGGAGAGGAGGAACAGACAAGGCUUUCCCAGCAGCGAUUGAAUCCUGCUUCGGCAGCGCUGAUGUAGAGGAGCUGGCGGAGGCUGGGCAGGAAGAUGUUGUGUUUAUACUAUACCUCUGCCACUUGUCACUCACCCAGCAGGGUUUCCGGCUACCAGCGUGUCCAGCCAGCUCACAAGAAGCCACUCACUCUGCGCGGGAGCUGCACGAAGAGUUAUUCCCCACAGCAGCGAACGCGGCGCCGGCAGUCUUUGGCGGGGAAGGGUGGACGGUGGAGCUUUUGCGCAGGGGCAUGGAAGCGUAUGCCGAUAUGGGGAUUCGUUUCCCGGAAGUUGAAGGGUUGGCGGUGACCGGGGAGUAUGCGGUUUGUCUCGAGUGAGGGGUUGUGAUGGAGCACCAUCAUCACAAUAUAUAUCGCACCUGUGCAUCUCUUAUCUAUCCCAAGGCAGCCCGGGACGGAGUGUAUUAGCAUGAUUUUUAUUGAGUUCCUGUACAGUACAAUAACAUUGUUGAAAAUCACCUGCU